UGAUCUAAGUGGCUUCCCCCUCCCCUUGCCGCUUAGCGAGGCUGGGAAUAUGAAAUCAGUCCACGUCUUGAACAUGAAGGAGAGGGGGUGGGAAGGAGGAGAGAGCAACGCUCGUCUUUUGAAAAGCCUCUGGGAUUGUUUGGGUUCCUUAAUCCAGUCGAAAGAAGGGGGCAGGACUUUGAGCUGCCCUUAAUCGCUUUUCCCUUUGCCAAACAUCCCAGCGGUAAGAGCAGCGCUGGGCAGAGUGCGAGAGGGGAAAAGCCUGGCUUGCAAUAGCCCCCAGCCCCUCUGCCUGUGCCCUGAGGACGCUCCAGAGCGCUGGGAGGUGAGAGAAGCUGGCGCUCCCGCCCUGUGGCCCAUCUUUUCUCCUGCAAGUUUGCAGCGCAGAGGCGAUCUCUCCUCUGGGCCGUGCAGGGAGGAUUGGCAGCGCUGAUCUGAGUUCUCUCCCCCCGUCCCUGCAAGCUCAGCCUCCCCCUUGGUGAUCCCAGCGAAACCUGGGCUUUAUUCCGACCGGGCCUGGCACCGGGCCACUACACUUCUCGGGAGUCCCUGUGCCAAGGGGGCUUCUCUUUUUUUCUCAAUGAGAGAUCCUUGAGCGUGGUGCCUUGGCAGGCGGAGGGGGAGCGUGGGAGCACGUCGGGGAUCGGCUGAGUUCAGGAAGGAUCAAGGGCUCUGUGCGAGCCCAGAAGCUCUGGCCCCACGGACAGACGGACGGACACGAUGAGCACGCAGCAGCUUAGCUGGAUGAGAUGCCUGCCAGCUGCCCUGUGGCUGUGCUGCCUGCUGCCUGAGGGGAGCUGCACCUGGAGCCUGGCAGGACUCCAGUACGCCACCCGAAGGAACUGGUGCUCGUACAUGGUCACAAGGACAGUUUCCUGCCAUGUCCAGAAUGGCACCUUCCUGCAGAGGGUGUUCCAAGGCUGCCGCUGGCCUGGGGGCUGCAACGGAGGCAGCUACAGAGCCAUCGUGAGACCAGCGUACAAGGUGGCCUACAAGACAGUCACGGCUCUGGAGUGGAGGUGCUGCCCAGGCCACUCAGGGGUCAACUGUGAAGAAGAGACCAUCAGCUACAUCGCCCCGCAGGAAACCGGACGUCCCAGUGCCCCCCUGCGCAGGUUCCCCCUCCGACCAGCAACUUACUCAGGGUGUUUGAAUUGCAGCAAAGUGGUAGAACUGACGGCGCGUCUCAACAGCCUGGAAGCCAAGGUGGCAUUGCUGUCAGCGGCAGAGCCUGCAACCUCCCCAGUACCCAACAGACACCUCGUAACCAAGGGGGCUGCCCCCUCGGAUUCCUACCAGCUCUGGGGGUCUCCAUCCACUCACGGGAGCCCUGGGGAUGAAGGUGUGAAAGGGAACCCAGGAGUGGGAGAGACGCUGCGGGGUGCCCUUCCCGGACGGGAUGGGAAACCAGGGCCCCAAGGACCCCCAGGCCCAUCGGGUCCCAAGGGAAAUGCUGGGAGCCAGGGGCCAUCAGGAAUCCCUGGAGCCAAGGGUCCCGCUGGACCGCCAGGCCCCCCGGGGCCGCCAGGGCGGGAUGGUGCCAGGGGCAUCCCCGGAGAGAAGGGAUUUCCGGGCCUUCCAGGGCCCCCGGGACCCCCAGGGCCCCCUGCCCCAGUGGGGCCUACAAUAUCCCGCAUCGCUGACCCAAGGGACCCACUUCUGUCAAACACCUUCACUGAAUCCGGCAGCGUCGGCACCAUGGGGCCUGCGGGACCCCCAGGGUCUCCAGGGCCAAUGGGUCCUCUGGGCCCCCCAGGGCCAAUCGGGCUGCCAGGCCCUCCGGGGCACGAUGGUUUACCCGGAGCGCCAGGUGCUGACGGAGCCACCGGUCCCCCAGGGGAGAAAGGCGACAGAGGCCCUCCUGGCUCUCCUGGGAGCAGAGGCCUGGACGGGGAACAUGGGCAGCCGGGUCCAAAAGGCGAACAGGGGGACAAGGGCACCUGGGCCAUUAGCUUACAAUCCUUCCUACAGCAGCAGGCCCAGCUGGAGCUCCUGGCUAGAAGGGUCACCUUGCUGGAAGCCAUCAUCUGGCCAGAACCAGAGCCGGGUUCAGGUGCCGAACCCUUCCCCACUAGUGCCCCCAGCUUCCAGCGGGGCAAGCGCGACAGGCUGGCAGCCUACAGCAUCCCACACCAGCUGGCCCAGAGGGCCCAGGACGAGAGCAAGUGAAGAGGGGCAGCCACCCCGAGCAGGAGUCGUCUCCCCAAGCAUUAAGGCCCCCUUGGGUACCUCCCCUCCCCCACAUUGUUCUGGACUGUCACAUGAAGAAACGCUUGAGGAGCCCUCCCAGGCCAUGCAG